AAGACAGCGACUUCUCAGUUUGGAAAAUUUUCCGAGGGACAGAAUCAAUUAUUGUGGGUGUACAUACUUUUAAAAAUUUCUAUUAUCUGCAGAACUGAAAUUCAUCUUUUAUAGAAACACAGUAAUCUCUAAUGACGAGUAAUUAUCUUACAAUGUUUAAAUACAGUGUAACGAAGUAAUUUUAACGGUUGCUUUUCGAAUUUAACGUAAAUUGUACGAAAUAUUCUAUUCCCUUGUUAUAUUUCACGAUCGCCGUCCUGCGACAUAUGUAUGAGGGUUGUUUGAUAAGUAAGGUAAACUUCCGCGAAAUAGCGCUACAAUAAACUGUGCAGUAUAUGUAUGACCAGGAAGUAAUAUUCUUUAAACUGCCGUAUUUCAGCCCAAAUUUCCUUAUAACUGCCCAAAUUUCAGCCAAAAGCAACGCUUUAUUUUUACGACAACUAUCACUACUUCCAACGUCUGCCACACGUAAACAAAGCGUUGCUUUUGGCUGAAAUUUGGUAUGAAACAGUUUGAAGAGUAUUACUUCUUGGCUAUAAACUACACAGUUUAUUGUGGUGCCAUUUCGUUGAAAUUUACUUACUUAUCGAACGAUCCUCGUAUAUAGGUAUAUAUGUAUAAAAAACCGGCCUAUCCAGUGCCUCACUAUUUUAAACAUUCUGCUGUUUUAAACCUGUUUUCAUAUAAAAAAAUUUUAGUUUUUGUCUGCUUUGUAUUUACCUUAAACUUAUUUCCUUCUUGUGGUCCAUUAAAAAUAAAACAAGGUCACGCAUACACUUGUCAGCGCUAAAGUGAAAGUAAUCUGUGUGUGACCAACCUUAUACAAUGCUGAAUAAAAUAAAAGAGGAAGAAUUUAAACGGACACUUUAUUCACUCUACGCACGAGCAUCAGAGUAAAAGUAAAAGGAAACUUUUCACAAGGAGGGCUUUGUUAAUAGAAGUUUAAUUGUGGUUUGCGUGAAAUAAGCAGUUUAUUCGUCAAGAUUAUUGUGAUCUUUUCUUAUAGUUUUUGAGCAAUCUUACAAGAAAAUGUUUGGUACGCUUUUUAUUUUUGCUGUUCUGACAGUGAAUGUUGCAACCGCACUACCUUCCUACAUUCAUGUUUGUGGUCGCAAAGAUCCUGACUAUAAUCAAUGCGUCGCGGAGAACCUCAACAGUGUGAAGGAUAAAGUCUGUGGAGGAUUUCCGGAAUUUAAUGUUUCUUCGGGCAUACCAUUAAAUAUUAAGAAAAUGGUUAUCUACAAUACAAACGAGUUUAAACUUUACCUCAAAGAUGUAGCAAUAACGAAUUUUUGUGAUUACGUCGUAAACUCGGUCUACGUAGAUUCUAACCGACUCCACUUUAGUAUUGAUGCCACAUUCAAGACUUUUACCAUAGAUGCUUUGUAUAACUUUGACAUACACAUCCUGGAGAUGCCCCUUGCACAUGAGGGACCAGUUCACAUUCAGGGUAACGCAUCAAUGAAAAUAGACAUAGACGCAAAAGUGGCAACUAAAAACAAAAAAACGGAGAUAUAUGCUGCGAAAGUAAAAUCAAACCUCUAUGCCUUAAAUUUUGAAUAUACGUUUCCUGAAACUGGAGAGGAAUUAGUUCAAUUGUACCAAGCUGUUAGAAGUGUCGUAGACAACAAUAAUAAAAAUGUUUAUAUCGCAAUUAAACCAAUAAUUGAAGAGAGAUUUUCUCAAUUCGUCCUCUCAAUUUUUAACGGAAUUAUACAUGCUAAUUACGAGAAAUUGUUUCCCGAAUAAGCAUAAAUGUUCUGAUACUUCAAGAUUUAAUAUUGCAGGAUCGCUUCUUAUGUAUUGCCAUCGAACAAAAGAAUGACUAAAAUAAAUGUUGUCACAAAUUCUUAGAAUCAGCGCUUUAAAAUUUAUUUUAACUUAAGGGGUUAUGCCUAGUCAUAAGGACAAAAAAACACAAAUUUUUAUAAAAAAGGGGUAUUUAUAU